ACAAAAUAAAGCAAGAUGGCGAACUCGGGAGAGCUUGAAAUUCCACCCAAGCUAAAAGCUGUGCGACCGUACCUGUUACUAGCAAGAGAUCAUGACAAAAGGGACCCAGUGGUUGCCUUUUUUUGCAGGCAUUAUGCAAUGGAAACAGCGCUGGCUCUGGACAAACAAGACAAGUCUCCCGACAAUAAAAUUUUUCUGUCAGGAUUAAUGGACAGGCUGGAAAAGUCCAAGGAAGAUCUCCGCUCUGAUGAGAUAUUAAGCAAUGAGUUGGCAUCCCAAGCUCACGUCGAAACCUGUGCCUCGAAAAUCUUUGUGUAUGCAGACAAUGAGGACCGAGCAGGCAGGUUCCACAAGGCAAUGUUGAAGUCAUUUUACAAGUCUGGUCUCCUGUUUGAUGUUAUGCAGACCUUUGGAGAACUAUCAGAAGAUCUUCAGAAAACCAGGAAGUACGCCAAAUGGAAAGUAACAUACAUUACCGGUUGUCAGAAACGAGGAGAGACACCGCAUGCAGGACCGCUUGAUGAAGAAGGCGAAGAGGGUGCCAUGGCACCAGGCAACAUUUCCUUCCCCGUUCCCCCUGCCGGGUCUUCAGGAGCCUCCUCCUUCCCUCCCCCUGCAGCCAGGCAACCUCCCCCAGGCCCCAGCACCCAGCAGCCUGACCCUGCCUACCCCCCUGUCAAUCAGAACCUGAUCCCCCCAGGGAUGCAUGCUCCGCCCACAACACCAGAGCAACCUGGGAUGUACCAAGGGGGUAUCCCUGGUCCCCAGCCUACGCCGCCCUCUAUUGAUGGCCAGACUUCAAACAAAGGAUACCCGAAGUUGUCAACGGAUGAUUUCACCAAAGCCCAAAAGUACUGCAAGUAUGCUGGCAGUUCACUGCAAUAUGACGAUAUCCCAACCGCAGUAGAUUACCUAGAAAAAGCACUAAGGUUGCUGAAAACAGGCAAGGAAUAGAAACUGAGGGGCUGACAUCAAGGGGCGGAUCAUGGUAGUUCAAAAACCGAGGGGCUGACAUCAAGGGGCGGAUCAUGGUAGUUCAAAAACCGAGGGGCUGACAUCAAGGGGCGGAUCAUGGUAGUUCAAAAACCGAGGGGCUGACAUCAAGGGGCAGAUCAUGGUAGUUCAAAGAAGGGGCAGUCGAAUGACUAAAUGUGUUCGCUUGAAAUUAAGCUUCAGUUAUUUUAUUUUGGUCUAUAUUUUAAGCAUUUUGAGGAUGAUUUCCCUUUACCCAUUCCGAGAUUCAUUAUCUGUCAGCAUCAGAAACUGUUAAUGAGCUUGCCAGGGGCUGUGAUGUCAAGAAUCCGGGUGUUAACCUUUGAUCAGUAAAUAUGUAAGCAUUGUACAUUGAAACUGUACAGCUAGUAUGGAGUCUGUUGAUUAAUUUUGUCAUGAGCUAAACUUCUUGGAGCUACGCUCUGUGUAAAGUAGGAAUAGAUAACUUAGGAAAUCAACCUGGUAUAGCAAACAUCAUCCAACAGCCAGAAUGGCAUCUCAACGUGGGUCAUGGAGUUUUGAGAUUCAGACUUCUUUGCUUGUCCAGUUAAUGGUCCCUGAACCAAGAGACAGAACUGAAGGUGGAAUCAGAGUGAAGGUUUCAGAAAUAGCCUUAGGGAAGAAUUUUGGAUAAAUCCCGGCAGCUACACGUAGUUACAACUCAGUCUUGAAACGUGACAGCGUUUAAGAUUUGUUGAAUGGCACCAGAGAAAGAAAUUGGUUUGAGAUAUUGAUAAAGAUGGUAAGUCUGAUGGGAUGAUGGUGAUAACGUCUGGGCAUGUCAUCAAGGACCUCUUGUUAACUAAUGGUUGGUGUGUGAUGUACCUAGCGCAUGUUGUCAGGUCAUUAGGCAGAAGGGGAGAAAAGGUGGCCACACGAAGGGCAAAGUAGCCCCCCAAAAAGUGAAAAUGGUCCUUAAGUAGUGACAUACUGUUUUCCUAGCAUUUUUCUUAUAACUGGUCCUCUCUGCGCUAUGCUAUUUAAAUUGGUUUAUGGCAACUAACGAUGCAACCAACCUCGAUGGGUUGGUUGCAAAGAGUUGACUAGACUAGUCCGACCAUCGUCAACUAGCCUGCGUUUGAUCAGAGUUUGUCAAACGUUGGUUAAUUAUUGUCCUUGAUUGAACUUGCUCUCUGUGGCAGUAGUUCAAUGAUGGGAUUGUGGCCAGAUCCAAUUACUUAGCUGUGUUUGGAUAUAAGAAGUGCAUCUGUGUUAGCCUUGGCUAGCGGCUGCAGCUACUUCCCAUAGACUUGUAUGUUGUUGCCAGCCGUAGCCAUGAAAUUGGGAAAUGGCUCAUCAUGGAUAUCACAAGGAAUAUUUAUUUACUUAAAUGUAUGCAUAGCAAAUGACUGGAAAGUGAUGUCUCACCGUAUAACUAAUGCACUAUAAUAUAAAUCCUCGGGCAGUUGUGAACUUGUAGAGAGUUGCACCUGUGCUCAGAAUCCUCAGUGCAUGUUAAAGACUUAUUUAUAAACGUACACUUCGUCUCACUGUAUCCAAUCGUGUUUGGUGAGAUGUGCGGAGGGUCAGUGUGCCUUUGAUGUUGUGUGAAAGAAAGAGAGUGUGGGGAGUUUGUUUACGAGUAAAUUAAAAGAAUGAUGUAAAGGUGAAGUGCAGCCUGAAGAGCUAUGUUUGUUGCACUCUGACAAAAUGUUUGGCAACAUCUUUGCAGCUUGUUUUUUUAUGUGUUCAAAUAAAAGUUAUGUAUAUAGCUGUAUGUACA